AGUGUUCAAAUACGUUCCUAACCGUGAGCAACCAAAGAAAAAAUUUUGUUUUACACCUUCUGUGGAAACGUAUGCGCCGCUAGCUACAAAACAACAAAAAAAAUUCUGUUUCUGUUUUUUUAAUUCUGUCAAAAAAAGAAAACAACAAAAUCAAUUUAACAAAUUUAGUUUAAAAAAAAUUUUGUUUAAGUUUUUUUUUACGUUUUAUAUCGUUUGUUUUUCUGUUUUCUUAAAAUUUUGUUAAAUUUUGUUCCUGUUCGUACGGUUCUUUUACUUUAAAACACAAUACGCGUGUGUGUUCACUCCUUUUAAGUUAUUUGUGUCAACUAACUGGGAAUUAUUAGUAAAGUAAUAUUUAAAAAAAAUUUUUUAAUUAUAAAACAAAUAACAAAUCUUUAAUUUAAAAAAAAAAAACUUAAAAAGUUUAAAUUUUUUUUAAUAAAAAAAAAGUAAAAGUAAUAUUUAAAAAAAAUAUUUAAAAUUUGUUUAAAACUUGUGAGUGUUUUAUUUAAAAAAAGAAAAUUUAUUUUAUUUUAAAAAAAAUUCCAUAAUUUUUUUUUACAAAAAAAUGCUAAAAACCUAAAAAAUUACCAAAAAAAAAAAGCUGACAUCAUCUGUUUAAAAAAGCAAAAAAAAAAACAAACACACUAUAACAUAAGCGAAAAAAAUUAAAAUUUUUAUUAAAAAGCAAAAUCAUUUUUAUAAAAAAAAAUUAUAAAAAAAAAUCCCUUUUCCUCAAAACAACAUUUCAAACAUUUUCCUAAAAUAAAAGAAAAUUUAAAACUAAAACUUCAAACUAGAAAAAAAACUUAACUCUCAACUAAAUAUCGCCACACCAACAACAACAAAAACAACAACUUUAAAUUAUUAAACAAAAACUCAUUCUAGAGCAAAUGUUUUUGGCAAAUUGACUGUAAAUUCAAAAAAAAAAAAAUCUGGAAAAAAAUUUUUCGAAAAUUUCUUAAAAAACCAAAUCUUUAAAAAAAUCAAGCAAAACAUUCCAAAAUUUCCAAAAAAUCCCUAAAUUUAACUAAAUUUCUCACCAAAAAACAAGAAAACUUAUUUAAAAAAGCAAAUAAAAAUGGCUUCAGAAUUGGAUCAAUUUGCCGAAUUGGAAUUGUCAAAAGAGGAUCGUGAACAAAUUUUCGAUCCACCUUUAGAUCGACAGCAAAUGGAAGGUGCUGGCACCUCAAGUGUUACGACAUCAAAGAUUUUAAUAAGCGGCAUACCGCUGCAAACACGUUUCGAAGACAUCGAACCUCUUUUGAAGCCAUAUGGCAUCGUCAAACAAUGUGAGGCUGUCUCUAGUAAGGACCCACAAACUCAGACUGUUCAUAUAACAUUCGAGAAUAAUGAACAAGCUCAAAGAGCUGCUGGUGGUUUAAACGGUGUUGAAUUCGAAGGCAAUAAAUUACACGCCGAACAGCUAGAUAAAAAUCAACGUCGCACUCAACGCAAUCAACGUAAUCCAUAUCCCGGUAUGCCAGGACCCGGUCGUCAAGCGGACUUUCCGCUACGCAUCUUAGUGCAAAGUGAAAUGGUUGGAGCCAUUAUUGGACGCCAGGGCAGUACUAUACGCACCAUAACACAGCAAAGUCGUGCACGUGUCGAUGUACAUCGAAAGGAGAAUGUGGGUUCACUGGAAAAGGCCAUAACAAUCUAUGGUAAUCCUGAGAAUUGUACAAAUGCCUGUAAACGUAUAUUGGAGGUGAUGCAACAGGAAGCCAAUGCCACAAAUAAGGGGGAAAUUUGUUUAAAAAUUUUGGCCCAUAAUAAUUUAAUUGGCCGCAUUAUCGGCAAAAAUGGCAACACUAUUAAACGCAUUAUGCAAGAAACCGAUACUAAGAUUACCGUUAGUUCCAUUAAUGACAUUAACAGCUUUAAUUUGGAACGCAUUAUAACGGUUAAGGGCGCCAUAGAUAAUAUGUCGCGUGCCGAAAAUCAAAUUAGCUCUAAACUGCGUCAAAGCUAUGAGAAUGAUUUACAAGCUAUGGCUCCACAAAGUGUUAUGUUCCCUGGUCUACCACCCAUGGCCAUGAUGUCCACACCGGGCAAUGGCAUGAUUUUCAAUCCUAGCAUGCCUUAUGCUCCCUGCCCUGGAUUCCCACUAACGAAGACACCCGCCCCCGUUGUGCCGCCCGUCUUCCCCAAUGAUAUGCAGGAGACUACAUACCUCUAUAUACCCAAUAAUGCUGUGGGUGCUAUUAUCGGUACUAAGGGUUCGCACAUACGCAGUAUAAUGCGUUUCUCGAAUGCUUCUCUUAAGAUUGCUCCUCUCGACAAUGAUAAGCCGGCGGAACAGCAGACAGAACGUAAGGUUACCAUAGUGGGUACUCCGGAGGGUCAGUGGAAGGCUCAAUAUAUGAUUUUUGAGAAAAUGCGUGAAGAAGGUUUCAUGUGCGGCACCGAUGAUGUUCGAUUGACUGUGGAAAUUUUAGUGGCCAGCUCACAGGUGGGACGUAUUAUUGGCAAGGGUGGCCAAAAUGUACGUGAAUUACAACGUGUCACUGGCAGUGUUAUCAAAUUGCCCGAACAUGCGCUGGCGCCAGCAUCGGGCGGUGAUGAAGAAACACCCGUACACAUUAUUGGACCAUUCUACAGUGUACAGUCGGCUCAAAGACGUAUUAGAGCCAUGAUGUUGUCUACAAACCCACCACCCGUUACCAAAAAACAAAAAGCUGCCAAAGAACAACAACAACAGCAACAAGUUGCUCAAACUUCCUCGGGUAGUGGGUCACAACAACAGCAACAGCAGCAGCAACAACAACAGCAACAAUCAUCACAACAACAACAGCAGCAGCAACCACAACAGCAGCAGCAGCAACAGCCGGGUGCGAGUACAAAUCAGUAAGAGUAGAGUGUGGGUGUAAAAGCAUUUAUUAAACUUUAAUUUUUUUAUUUUUAAAAAUUUAUUAUUAAAAAAAAACAUAUUUUUUUUCUGUUUAAAUUUAUAUAAAGAAACACAACACCCCACUAUCCCCUCCUCACACACAAACACAAAACCGUUAAGAAUAACCCCCUUGAAAAACAAAUUUUCUAUUAAAUUUACUCGUCAAACCUCGUUUUUAAGUAAUAUUUUUUUUCAUUUAAAUUUAUAUAAAUAUUUUUUUUUUCUUAAUACAGCAGAGAAUUCUUUAAAAUUACUUUUUUUUAAUUUAAUUUUUUUUUUCUUUCAAACAAAACAAAAUUUCUUUUUUUGGAAAAUAUUUAAACAAAAAAGGUGGAAAAUUAUAUUAAAAAAAAAAUCACUUUUUGGCAAAUUUUUAUGAAAUAUAAAUAAAACUGGCUCUAAAAAAACCCAACAACAACACUUUUAAAUAGUAAUAAAGCUUGCUUACAAAAAAAUUUUUUUGGAAAAAUAUUUAAAAAAAUAUAUAUAUAAACAUAAAACUAAAACAAACAAUUUUUGGUCAAAAAAUAAAAAUUAUAGAGAAAAAAAAACUUUACUUAAAAUAUGAAAGAAUGACAG